ACUAUGUCCGCGGAAAUCCCUGAGGCAGCCUCUGCGGAGGAACAGAAGGAAAUGGAAGAUAAAGUGACUAGUCCAGAGAAAGCUGAAGAAGCAAAAUUAAAAGCAAGGUAUCCUCAUCUGGGACAAAAACCUGGAGGUUCCGACUUCUUAAGGAAACGAUUACAAAAAGGGCAAAAAUAUUUUGAUUCUGGGGAUUACAACAUGGCUAAGGCAAAAAUGAAGAACAAGCAGCUUCCUACUGCAGCCCCGGAUAAGACAGAGGUCACCGGUGACCACAUUCCCACUCCACAGGACCUUCCUCAGCGGAAACCAUCCCUUGUUGCUAGCAAGCUGGCUGGCUGA